CCAACUCCCAGAACUCCUGAUCAUCUCAAAACUAGUGACACACCAACGGCACCCAGUGGUGAAACUGGACCUUCUCGUACACGCGGUAUGGCCAGUAAACCUCCAACUUCUAGGACGCCAAGGCAUUUCAAAACUCCUGAAACUCGAGCGACAUGGAGUAGUGAAUCUGGAACACCCCCUACACCCGCUAUGACCAGUAAACCUCCAACUCCCAGAACUCCUGAUCAUCUCAAAACUAGUGACACACCAACGGCAAUAAGUAGUGAAUCUGGAACACCCCCUACACCCGCUAUGACCAGUAAACCUCCAACUCCCAGAACUCCUGAUCAUCUCAAAACUAGUGACACACCAACGGCACCCAGUGGUAAAACUGGACCUCCUCGUACACGCGGUAUGGCCAGUAAACCUCCAACUCCCAGGAUGCCGAGUCAUCUGAAAACUGUUGAAACACCCCCGGCACCAAGUAGUGAAACUGGAUCUCCUCCUACACCCGAUAUGCGCAGUAACCCUCCAAGUCCUUAAACUCCAAGAAAUCUGAAAGCUACUGAAACAUCAACGACACCCGGUAGUGAAAUUGAUUCUUCUCUUACACCCGCUAUACCCAGUAAACCUCCAACUGCCGGAACUUCUAGUCAUCUGAAAGCUACUGAAACUCCAACAACAC